CCCUGAAAAGACUCAUUGUAGGGAGAGUGUGUGCGGCCGUGGUGUGUGUGUGGAGCCCCCUCCUUAACUAGCUGGUCAGCACAGCAGCGGAGGGAUUAGUGAAGCCAGCUCCACUCUCUACUAACAGACAGAGGGGGAUUGCAAUAAGCGUGAAUCAUGCACGUCGUCAUUACUACCGGCUGGGAGUGGAGCCGAAAUUGUGCAAGAUACGGAUAACCGAGAAGAAAGGUCCGUGUGGAUCCAGUCAAGUUUGGUCUCCUCGUUCCGCCGUGAAAAUGCCUCACCAGGGUCUCUGCUGCUGCUGCCGCUGCUGCUGCUUCUCGGACCCGUCGCAUUAUACUGCCUCCCUCACAUGUGCUUUAUGUUGAAGAAGUAACCAGGACCUGUAAGGAGUCUGUGAGAGCGAUAAACCAAAGGACGUACGGAUAUUUGUUUUCCUUUUCGCCGUGCGGGAAAUUGUCUGAAGUGGAAGAAAGAGGGAGAAAGUUUUACUGGUUGGUCAAACAUGGGGAACGCAGGGAGCAUGGACCAGCACACUGAUUUCAGAGGACACAACAUGCCUCUGAAACUACCCAUGCCGGAGCCAGGUGAACUGGAGGAAAGGUUUGCAACCGUUUUGAACUCGAUGAAUCUUCCUCCAGACAAAGCGCGACUGUUGCGGCAGUAUGACAACGAGAAGAAGUGGGAACUCAUCUGUGAUCAGGAGCGAUUCCAAGUGAAAAACCCGCCUCACACGUACCUCCAAAAGCUGAGGAGUUAUCUAGACCCAGCAGUCACACGGAAGAAAUUCAGACGGAGAGUUCAGGAGUCCACCCAAGUCCUGAGAGAACUGGAAAUUUCGUUACGGACCAAUCAUAUAGGGUGGGUGAGAGAAUUCUUAAAUGAAGAGAACAAAGGCCUGGACGUGCUGGUGGAGUAUCUUUCUUUUGCACAGUAUGCCGUCACGUUUGAUGGAGACUGUGCAGAGAACAACCCAGAGGCUGCUAUGGAUAAGUCUAAGCCCUGGAGCCACUCUAUAGAAGACCUCCAUGGAGGAAGCACCCUGCCGUCUUCCAUCGCUGGAAACGGCAUCACACGUGCUAGCCGACAUUCCACGAUACGAUCCUUGCAUGAUAACCAAGUCAGUUGUUUUAUAUUGUGUCAAAGUCAUCUGCUCCUCUGUCUGCCAGUCUUCGACAGCAGGACACCGAGCACACUGAGCUGUCCAAAGUGCUCUCAAAUAAGACGCUGCAACACACUUCCGAGCCGGAGAACUCUGAAAAACUCCAGACUGGUUUGCAAGAAAGACGAUGUCCAUGUCUGCAUCAUGUGCCUGCGUGCUAUCAUGAACUACCAGUAUGGCUUCAACAUGGUCAUGUCACACCCACAUGCUGUGAAUGAAAUUGCACUAAGUCUCAACAAUAAAAACCCAAGAACUAAAGCUCUGGUCUUGGAGCUCCUGGCAGCAGUUUGUCUCGUGAGAGGAGGCCAUGAAAUUAUUCUCUCUGCAUUCGACAACUUUAAGGAGGUGUGCAUUGAGACGCAGCGAUUUGAGAGGCUAAUGGAGUAUUUCAAGAACGAGGACAACAACAUCGACUUCAUGGUGGCCUGUAUGCAGUUCAUCAACAUAGUUGUGCACUCAGUGGAGGACAUGAACUUCAGAGUUCACCUACAGUAUGACUUCACCAAGCUGUGUCUGGACGACUACUUAGACAAACUAAAGCAUACAGAGAGCGAUAAGCUGCAGGUUCAGAUCCAGGCCUACUUGGAUAACGUGUUUGAUGUGGGAGCCCUUCUGGAGGAUGCCGAGACCAAAAAUGCUGCCCUGGAGCGCGUGGAGGAGCUGGAGGAGAACAUGUCACAUAUGACAGAGAAGCUGCAGGACACGGAGAAUGAGGCCAUGUCCAAGAUCGUGGAGCUGGAAAAGCAGCUGAUGCAAAGGAACAAGGAGCUUGAAUCGAUCAGGGAAGUCUACAAAGACACCAGCUCGCAGGUCCACUCACUGCGGCAGAUGUUGAAGGAGAAGGACGAGGCCAUCCAGCGACAGAGUAACCUGGAGAAGAAGAUCCAUGAACUUGAGAAACAGGGCACCAUCAAGAUCCACAAGAAGGGAGAUGGAGACAUCUCCAUCCUGCCCUCACCACCCUCCGGUGUGGAGGGCUUGCUGGGUGCUGUGAUGGGAGCAAACGGCGCAGCAAAUCAUGUGGGAGUGGCAGCCGGCACACUGGCUCCACCACCACCUCCUCCACUGCCAGUGAACGGCACAUUGUCAAACGGACCAUCAGCAGUCAUUCCUGCAGCAGCUCCCCCACCUCCACCGCCUCCCCCUCCACCUCCACCUCCUCCCCCAGGGCCAGCCUCACAGAUCUCAGCACCUCUGCCCCCUCCGCCUCCUCCUGUAGCGCCCCCACUGCCCGGCUGUGGGACGCCUACGGUUAUCAUGAACUCUGGGUUAGCAGAGGGACCCAUCAAACUUUUCUCUGUUAAGAUCAAGAAACCCAUCAAGACAAAGUUCCGUAUGCCCGUCUUCAACUGGGUAGCCCUGAAACCAAACCAGAUCAACGGGACUGUCUUCAAUGAGAUUGAUGAUGAGAGGAUACUUGAGGACCUGAAUGUGGACGAGUUUGAGGAGAUGUUUAAGACUAAAGCCCAGGGCCCGGCUAUUGACCUCACCAUGAACAAGCAGAAGGUCAUCCAGAAGGGGCCCAACAAGGUGGCGCUACUGGACUCCAACAGAGCAAAGAACCUGGCCAUCACACUGAGGAAAGUUGGCAAGACCCCUGAGGAGAUCUGCAAGGCCAUUCAGAUCUUUGACCUGCGAACUCUGCCGGUCGACUUCGUGGAGUGUCUGAUGCGCUUCCAGCCCACCGAGAAUGAGAUUAAAAUCAUGCGGCAGUACGAGAAGGAGCGCAAGCCGCUGGAGAACCUGCCGGACGAGGACCGCUUUAUGAUGCAGUUUAGUAAAAUCGAGCGGCUCAUGCAAAAGAUGACCAUCAUGGCCUUCAUCGGCAACUUCUGUGAGAGCGUGCAGAUGCUCACACCGCAAAUUCAUGCAGUCAUCGCAGCAUCUGUGUCCAUCAAGUCCUCACAGAAACUAAAGAAAAUUCUAGAGAUCAUCUUGGCACUCGGAAACUACAUGAACAGCAGCAAAAGAGGAGCUGUGUACGGAUUCAAGCUGCAAAGUUUAGACUUGCUACUGGAUACCAAGUCGACAGACCGUAAGAUGACGUUGUUACACUACAUAGCCAAUGUGGUAAAGGAGAAAUACUCACAAGUUUCUCUCUUCUACAACGAGCUGCACUACGUGGAGAAAGCUGCAGCAGUGUCGUUGGAGAACGUCCUGCUGGAUGUUAGGGAGCUGCAGAGAGGCAUGGAGCUGACUAAAAGAGAGUACAGCAUGCACGGCCACAACACCAUGCUCAAAGACUUCAUCACACACAAUGAGAACAAGCUGAAGAAGCUGCAGGAUGAUGCCAAGAUUGCACAGGAUGCCUUUGACGAGGCAGUGAAGUUCUUCGGGGAGAACUCUAAAACCACGCCGCCCUCCGUCUUCUUCCCUGUGUUUGUGCGAUUUGUUAGGGCUUACAGGCAAGCAGAAGAGGACAACGAGCAGAAAAAGAGAGCAGAGCAGAUUUUGAUGGAGAAACUUCUAGAACAGGAGGCCAUGAUGGAGGAAGACCAGAAGUCUCCUCAUAAGAACAAACGGCAGCAGCAAGAGCUGAUCCAGGAGCUCAGGAGGAAACAGGUGAAAGAUAGUCGCCACGUCUACGAAGGCAAAGAUGGAGCGAUUGAGGACAUCAUCACGGUGCUGAAGACAGUGCCCUUUACCGCCCGCACAGCCAAGCGAGGCUCUCGGUUCUUCUGCGAGCCCGCCCUCAAUGACGAGUACCAUUACUAAGCUUGUAGAACUGUCUCUCUGCUCUAAGGUUGCUGGAACAAAAACAUUAUCUUCUUUAUGUCUAUCUCUCUCUUUCCUCCACCCUUGCAUGCCUCUUCACACUUUCCUCCCUUUUUUUAACCACCACACUCAACCCUCACACUUUCGGACCCGUGCGUGUGCACGUGUGCCCACCUCAUGGUUUUUGCACACACGCCUGAGAGCGUGUUUGUUUGUUUGUUUGUUUGUUUGUUUGUUUGUUUGUUUGUUUGUGUGUGUGUGUGUGUGUGUGUGUGUGUGUGUUUUUUUUCACAUUUUAUCCCUCCUAAGCAUGACUUGGUGUCGGUGUAACGGUUUUCUCUGCCCACCUGCAUGAAGUGUGACACCCUCAUUUAUCACUAUUAUUUAAUCAACCAUGGCAUACCAUAAUGUCACAGAGGAUCCCAGAUCUCCAAGAUCAUACUCUUAUGUGCACUGAAAGGAGAUUAAAAUUGGUGAAGAGCGUACUUCUUCUCAUCAAGUACUGGAGCAGAGAAGUUAAGCUGCGUGCUGCCAUCUAGUGGUGACAGAUGACUGACUCGUGCAUCGAAUACCUUUUUAGGGUUUAUCAUUGGAUUCUAAUUUAAUGAUUUAAUUUAAUGUAGUGAAGUUUCAAUCAUCAUCUACAUGGCAGGUAUGACUGAUGACAUGAUUGUGUAAGUGCCUGUGGCAUUAUAAUUUGCUUCUCUGUGUGUUUCAACCAGUGUCUUAAUGAAAAAGGAAUGUUUGUGUGUUCGUUAUCACAUAUCAUUACUGCUGCUGAUACAGCUUCUUGUAUGUUGAUUGCUUCAUCACUAACGCUUUCCCACAAUGCAUCCCUGCUCUCCCACUCAGCCCAUUUGCUGUGCCUGCUCCUGUCGCCUUCUGACAGGUCACCUAGCUGUCAAAUGACUCUCUGUGGUGUGGCAGGCUCACUAAUAUCCUGCAUGACGUCAACUUAUGAAUAAUCACUUAACAUUGCAGCAGUCUGUCUUUGCAGUUGUAUUCUAACUGUGUGCUACUAACAUGCAGCCAGGGUGUUUCACUGAGUUUACUCCUGUUUUAGGGUAAUUAAAUCAUUAGUUGUUUCCCUGGCUGCACGCAUGCUUUGGUUGGUGUUUUGGUCAAGGUGCUGUUGAAUGUAACAAUCCUGCUGUGUCCUGGAGCCAUGUUUGUUUAUUUCAGUUCACAAUUGCACUGUAUUGGAAGUUUCCAACUUUAGAAGCUCUUUUUCUGUCCUGCUGGUAGCCACUCCGCAAAGCAGACUGAGUUUACUCAGUUUUUUUACACAGAAAAAAAAAAAAAAAAAAAAAAAAAAAA